AGCAGCAGUAGGAGCUCCCGUAGUAGCAGUUCAUCCCGAAGAACUGCAAAUGGAGCAAGACGUUGCUCCCGGUCUUCCUCUUCCUGCCGGGGAGAAAGAUCACUCUCGUCCCGCUCUCGUUCGUCUUCGACGGGCAGGAGCGCGGCUGUAGCAACAUCAAUCGCCGAACAGCUCAGCAACCUCUUCACCUUUAGCCCACUCUUCCAGAGCCGCGGCGAGGGGGAGCCACUGCAUGAGGAGCAGCAGCCUUUUGCGUAUAAUUACCAGCCGGGCCUUGCGCACAAAACCAGCCAGCAACAACUGGCCGACUAGUUCGACCAGAGUCAGUACUACCAUGGUCACAAUCUCCGCGUGACACACUGGUACAAGAACUACGGCCCGAAGGCACACAGGAAGGACCAACUAUUCGAGUAUAACGACCACUUGCAAUACGUAUACGAACAUCGGAACAACGCAGUGAGGGACUAUCUAGCGGACAUGGCGAAGGAAAUCAUGAAGACCCUCAUGGUAGAAGCCCACCAAGGGAACAAGCUCUUGAAAACAACUGAGAGAACAGCAGGAGGGGCAGCUCCAGUGCAGAAAAAAAGUACUAGCACCAGACCUACAACAACUGGUGUGAAUAUGAAACAUCAAGCCGUCCUCGCUGCUAAAAAUAUCCUCGAUAAGCUGCGAGCAAAGAAUGACCGCACGCUCUUGCAGCUGUUUGAGACCGACUUUUUCGAACGGAAAGAUCAAGAUAUGGAACUUGCAGCUGCCCCGGACGAGAAAGGGAGAAAGGGACCACAGCGGGGCCAGGCGUCCCUGGCGUACGCCGAUGAAGAGGAAAUUCUGGCAGGAAAAGUUGGACGUGACGUCGACGGGAAGGGGACACUGAAGCCACCUUCGCUUAAUGACAUUAUCCGGUUGUGUUGGGCACCAGCUGCAGGAUCAGGAGAGGAGAUGAAGCGACCGGAUGUGGAUUUCGGUGGAAAUGAUCUUCGCGCAAGUGGAGGUCAACAAGAUAGUCGCACAAGAGUCUCCUCAACGCCGGCGCGUGCAAGUAGUCGUCCCAAGCCGCCAGCGCGCAUGAUUAUGCACAACCUGAGUGAAAUCCAUGACCUCUUCUCCUUCCGGACCCAUCCCGCUGUUGUAGAUCUUUGGAGGCACCUAUCAAGUGUAAAAAUGUCUGGGUCUGGAAACUUGUGAUGCUUUGUGGCAUAUCAUGAGGAGGCCACAAUUGCUGGCUCAGCAUGACAAGUUUCUGAGCUUCUAGGUGUUGCCUAUUCUGCAUGACAAACUACGUUUCUGCAUGACAGAAAAGUGGGGCGCUUUGUCAAUGUGCAUGACAGAUUUAAGAGUCAUGCCAAACAAGCACGACAAACAUGAAUUCUUCAAGACCCAGACAUUUUUACAUUUGAUAGCACCGCUGCGAAACCGAUAGGGAAGGUUUGGUUCAGGACACCCGCUUGGGCUACGCAUUUAGCAUCUGGAAGGCGCUGAAAGAGGUGCGGGAUGGGGUACUAGUAGGAAACGAAAUGAUUGGAGGUGGUAGGAGCGCCACCUCUUCUACUAUCGGCGAGGAGAUUUUGAAGCACUUGAUUUUGAACGGAGAGGCCGACCGAGUUCCUUUACUUGGCAACCUGCAAUUGACCUCCGAAUGGCGGCGCACCUACGAUGCUGAGCACGCCUCUGGGCAGCUGUUGCAGAGGCUGGAAGACUGGCACAAAAGAUUGGAGCAAGUGUUGGAACAAGAAGGGUCCUUGUCGUCGUUUUCAUUCGCCAUGCCGUCGUCUGCUGCGCCGGAUGAAGAGC